AUGUCUGCAACACUUGCUCAAGCUCAACAAAUAAUGUCUUCGUAUGGUCUUUCGAUAUUUUAUAUUUUAGGCACAAUUGGUAAUUUUCUUUUAAUUUGUAUAUUUUUACAGCCAACGCACCGUCGAAAUCCUUGCUCACUCUAUUUAUUGGCUACAGCGAUUGUCAACUUUAUUCUUAUACAAUGUGUUCUACCAUUGUCAGUCUAUUCUGCAUAUCACACCGAUCCACAAAAUGUCUCAAUGAUUUGGUGCAAAAUCCGUAGCUAUUUAUUCAAUUCUCUUUUGAUGAUAUAUCGUUGGAAUAAGACGGCUGCUUGUAUCGAUCGGGCAGCAAUGUGUAGCCGAUAUGUCCGAAUACGAGCUUUCAGUCAUGUUCGUAUUGCUCGUCGGAUUAUAUUUAUCAUAAUCUUCGUAUGGGUCACGAUACCAGUUCAUUUAGCCGUUUAUUUUCGAAUCGAAUCGGGUCAUUGUAUGCCAUCACAAACUGCUUAUGCAAAAUUUUUCAGUUUCUACUCUAUUGCAGUCUCAGGUUGGUCACCGGCAUUAGCCAUGGCUAUAUUCGGAAUUAUUGCAUAUAGGAAUUUGAAAAUGAUUAGAGCAAAUGUCCAUAGACUGGAUCAUGCAGAUCGGAUGGCAAUCGACCGAGGUAACAAUCUCUAUCAACAAGGAUUAACAUCAAAGCGUAUCGGUCAACGCGAUCAACAAUCGGUUUUGUUACUCGUAUGCGAGGUAGUUUUGUAUAUUUGUACAAAUCUUCUGUAUUCCAUCAAUAUUACGUAUUCGGCUAUUACUGCUGACAUAUCAAAAUCAGUGGAACGUAUUGCAAUUGAGUGGUUUAUUGCUUAUAUUUCCACACCAUUUUUAGUCAUCAUUAAUAAUUGCGCACCGUUUUAUCUUUAUCUCUUCGUUUCCAGUAGAUUUCGGCAAGACGUCAAAAGAUUUCUUACAAAAUGUUGUUACACAGCUCGAGUCGUGCCGCAACCUGGUAAUCUAGCGUCAAUAGCUGCCCGUCAACAAACACGAUAA